GCCCCAUGACGUCUUCACAACUCUUGUGGCGACGCAAAAGGGCAGCAAUUUUUUUUUUGCUAACACUCCGGAGGGAACAGCCCAAGUGUCCGCGUUUCUGGACUUUUCCUGCCUCAACUUUUCGCUCUUUGAAGGACAUAAAGAGAAACAGUAGACGAGGAGCCUUUCUCAAGGAUGUUCUCUUCAUUCGGCUCAGCUGAGGACACGAUGCAGACUUGUGUAAAUAUGGGCGCCCCCUCAUGGGAGGCCUCAGCACACACAAUGUGGAACCAUCCCAGCGCAAAGAACCUAUACCAAUACCAGAAAAAUGGUGGUGCCGUUUGGCCGACGGCAGUUCCUGGUCAAGACGGCAGAUACUACCAGAAUGUGUCGCGUGUCCCUCAGACCACCUUCUCCGCUGUUCCACAAGGUGGAAACUAUGGACAUCAGCUUGUCUCCUCAAGAGUUUUUAAUGACAAAAUAGGCCAGAAAUCGUCGAUGUGGAGCACAGGAGGCAUUGCCCAGAGAGAAACUGUGCCCUUCCAGAACCCAACCUCUCCAUCGUGGAGCCCAUCAGGAGUGGUCUAUGGCCAUGGUGUUGUACCUGAGCACCAAAUGCAUUGGAGUAGAUUUUACCAGAAGCCGCCACCACCACAUCCACAGAAACGGAUCACAAUAAGUGGGCAGAGUUUUCCUGGCGUCAACAAAAAUCAGACACCUUGGCAACAGCCAGACACCAGGUCCGUAUUCCAGAAAGCUUUGCCGUUUCACCCCAGAAACUUCGAUCAAGAGGAAACACGAUGUCAGAUUCUAAAACGUCUCACUCAAACAACAGACGCGGAAACACAGAUGCCAGAGAGGACGCCAGAUAGGGUGCCAGGGACUACACAAGUUAGGAUGCCAGAGAAGACGUCAACAAGGAAGCACGCACAACGCUCUCCGUAUUCAUCACUUCACACAGUACAGGGUCCUCAAUCACCUCGGACCGUCUGCGCCGCAAGUCCGGAAGCGUUGCAUGUUGCCGGAGAUCCGUUCCAACGAAGCAAGCCUGACAACGGAAGACACUCCCAGCACACGACACCAAUGGCAAAUAUUCCACAGCCACAAAAUCCUGACCCACUUGAACUCCUCACAACUGCCACCUCAUCACCGAGUUGCUCAGCUCUGCGAACGGUUGCCAACAUGCCACCUGUGUCAGAGGGAAGGCCAGGGCUUUUUAACCGGCUUCUGGAAACUGCACGUGAUCCCUCUGACCAGAGUUGCACUGGCCAGACGGACACGUGUGCAGAUAAUAUAGCGGGUCGGCCAGCAAGCCCUGUUCGGAACCAACAGGACCACAAAUUUCCACAACCUUUCCAGCCAGAAGAGGUUGAGAGCCGAGAAGAUAAUCAAAGCGAGAGGCCAAUCAGUGUUCAACUACAGUCUGUCCCAACACGGAAUUGGACUCAAGAAGACUUAGCGGUACUUGUCAAGGAAACCCAUCAAGCCCAGGCGAAGUCUCACGAGUCCUCAGUCUGGUUUGAUUCUAAAGAUAUACAAACCACAUUCUGGAAAGAUCCAAAAUUAUUUUUGGACAACCUCAGGUCAGGCUGGUACAAGAACGUCAUGGCAGAGUCGACUGAUUUCUGCAAUGAGCACUUGACUCUGAAGACUCCGGUGCUGUCAGAAGCCAAGUGCGACUUGAAACUCAGCGGCCUUCAGGUGUUGCAAGAUGGCGAAGUCUACUCUGAACCGGCAUACUCCUCAUUCUGGCGGAACAUCAACCAACAGCUUGAUGACAUUGAUAAGGAGUUUGGCUUGGCGGGUGACUUUCUCCAUCACUCACGUUUUCCGGCACCGCUUUCACCCUCUUCGCCCGGGACAGCUGAGGCUCCUUCACCAGAGGCCAAACCCACCUCCCCGGAAGAAGAGCAACGAGAACAGGAAAAAGGAAAUCAAAAACUGCAACUGGCUCAAGAGCCCGAGAUGGACUCUGCUGUAUCUGUGCCUCCCAGUGAAGAUCCAGAUGACGUCUACUCAUUCGUCAUUGAAGUUCUGCCCCAAGAGCAGGCCAAAGCCAUCUACGAGAGUUGGAAUCACGCCGAUGAAGCUCCUAUAAAGGGGGACCUGAAAGGCUCCACAAAGCCUGAAACAAGUGUCGACGAAGGUGACUCUGAACGAGGAAAGGAUCAGUCUAACAGCGAGUUGGAGUCUUUCUGUGAACAGUCGAAAGAUAACCUUUCUGGUUUCACUUUUUCCCCAAAACAAGAGAUGGUGCAGAAUGAUCUGGACGAUAUGGCAAAGGGAAUCACGUGGGAAGAUCUUGACUUCCUCCUUGGUGCGGAUGCUGGCGACGAGUCUGUGGAUUCCUAUCAUUCCCAGGAUGCUUCUCCACCAAGAGAACAAAAAAAGGAUCAAGAGAUGGAAAAUUAUGCCACACAAGAUUUCCAAGCGUCGGAAAAGGUUACCCGACAAGAAGACCAAGAGAUGGGAAAUGUCUGCCAAAAAGAUGGCGCCGAGUUGGUAAAGAUCAUCCAACAAAAUGACCACGAGAUGACAAAUGUCUGCCAACAAGAUGACAGAGAAUUGGCAAAGAUUGUCCAACAAAAUGACCACAAGAUGGCAAAUGUCUGCCACCAAGAUGGCGACGAGUUGGUAAAGAUCGUCCAACAAAAUGACCACGAGACGGCCAAUGUCUGCAAACAAGAUGGCGGCGAGUUGGUAAAGAUCGUCCAACAAAAUGACCGCGAGAUGGCAAAUGUCUGCCAACAAGAUGGCAGAGAAUUGGCAAAGGUCUCCCAACAAGAACAUGAGCAAGAGACAAAAAAGGUUCCCCAAAAAGAUGACAACCAAGAGAUAGCAAACGUUUCACAACAAAACCUUGUCCAAAAAAAGACAAAUGUCUGCCGGCCAGUCUUAGUUUCACCAUCCAAGGUUUCUUCUGAAAUGUGGCCAGUCCAGGGUCACCGUGGUCAUGUGGAAGUGAUCCCCACCAAACGAUACCAAGGCGAGAGGACGCUCUGCAUUGCCGACAAAUGUUUAGCCUCCGCAAAGAAAAAGCGCAAGAGAACCAAGCAGUCCAGCAUGAACAUUCCCUGCCGGAAGAAGCUGAUAACGAAACUUCAACGUAAAGAUGUCAGCAAACAUGGCAAAGAAACUCUGCCGGAAAACCACGAGACGCCUGUGGAGCUGGUACUCUUUGGCUCAGCCAGACGCAAACCUAAUUACACUCCAGCCCAUCACGCUCCAGAGGUUCUGAGCUUGUCUCCCAAAGGAACCACUUCGAUCAAACAGCGGAUCUACGAGGAGUGGUGUCUACCUCCCACCAGAAUUGACGGCAAAAGCAAUUACAAAUCUCAGAGGAAGUCUUACGCGGACCUGGCCAGAAAACAGCCCCCUUUGCCCAUCUUGACAUUCGGCAAAGACAAAUGCAGAAUGUCGCUGACGCUGAACAAAAGAAGGUCCAGGCUGGAAAGACCCAAGGAUGCCGGGGCACUCAAACAAGCUGAUGAUGCGAUGCUGAGGACCGCCACCAAGUGUCAUCUCGGCAAACGUCAUCGGGUGAGCGAAAGAACACCCUGGGACCACCAACUUCGCUUGGUUGCCAUGGGAACAUUCGCCGGAACAACAGCAGCCACCUGGGAGACGGGCUCAAAUUGAUGCAAUCCAGGCAGCAGUUGGGAUUCCACCCGUAAAGACAACAAAAUACAAGAAGUGCUGAUCGUCGUCCUGUUGAUGUUUACUGUGACAACUACAUUGUAAAGAAUAUUUGCGGAUGUUAGAAGGUUGUUCCCCCCCCACAUUGUGAAUGAAUGCCAUGUAUAUAUGUACAGAUGUACAGUUUUGUUUGUUUUUUUUUGUUUUACAUCAAUUUUGGAAUUUUUAUUUGUGAACUGCACUGGAGCUUGUGUUUCUCCUCCCAUUGGUCUGUGACGAUGCGUCCACUGUCAUGAGCUACCCAACAUGU